GUGAGUUGAAAUAUUCAUACUAUUAUUGGUUGUUGAAGGUGCGAUACUAGUAUCUGAGGGACUGGCUGCGAAUGGUUAGAGUUUGGUUGGGGAUCCAGGAGGAUUCAGGGGCAAUAGGGCGGGAUGGACCGUCAGCGAAGUCUCGGCAAGCACAUGUCAGAAAAAUGUCACAAGACGUUGCCCACAGGGCUGGUGGUGUGGAUUCUCAUCCGCCCAGGACGGCGGGAAGCCAGGGGUACAGGGCUGAGCUUAUUCAACAAAAUUCUGCAUGUAACCCUUCGGUGGGGGUUCUUCGGUGUUGGUUCUUCGGUGUUGGUUCUUCGAUGUUGCGAUGAAAACGGCCCCCACGUUAGCUGGUAUAUCUCAACACAGGACCUCGAAAACAAACGAGCAAACCUGGACCCUCUGUUCUCGACCGUUUACCUCCCAAGCUGUAACCUCACCAGCAGCUAGCCGAUCCCCUCACCACCCACCAUGUCCAAAGCAGUCACCGAAAGCGAUUCCUCCGCCAUGCUCGGCUUCAAGAAGCUCAGCAACCAAGUCUACGUGCAAGACGGCCCCCAACCCAGCCCAACCAACCCAACCAACCCCUCGGACCCCAGCACGGUAAUAAUCUACGGCUGGGGCGACGCCCGACCACGGCACGUAUCCAAGUACAUCGCCGGCUACCGGGCGCUGUUCCCGCACGCCCAGAUCGUGCUCAUCUUCUCGCCCAUCCUCAAGGCCCUCUCGCAGAGCCUCGAGGCGCGCACGCAGAACAUGGUCCCCGUGCUCGAGGCCGUCUACCCUUCGGUGCUCGCUCCCCACGCGUCCGACGCCAGCAAAGCGGACGGGCGGGUGCUGCUGCACGUCAUGUCCAACGCGGGGGGCAUCAACUGCGCGGCAACCAUGAACGCAUUCUCCGAACGGACCGGCGGGGCUGCGGUGAUGCCGCACGGGCUGAUGGUGUGCGACUCGACGCCCGGCAGCACGGAUUUCGGGCGCAACGUCGGGCCGUGGUCGCGGGCGCUGACGGUCGGGAUGGCGCGGUGGUUCCCGUGGCCGGCGCGGGUGACGCAGGGGCUGGCGGCGGUGUUGCUGGCGUUUCUGUACGGCGCCGGCUGGGUGCUCGGGGCGACCAGCGCGGGCGAGUACAGCAAGCUGGCCGUCAAUGAUGCGCGGCUGUCGGAUACGAGCGCGAAGCGGCUGUAUUUGUAUUCUAAGGAGGACGAGAUCAUUCGUUGGGAUGAUAUUGAGCUGCACGCGGCCGACGCCCGCCAGAAGGGGUGGAGCGUGACGGCCGAGAUGUUUGAGGGCACGUCCCAUGUCGGCCACAUGCGCGCCCAUGCCGAGCAGUACUGGGCGGCUAUUGCUGCUGCGUGGAAGGAGGCGGUAGCGGGAGCAGAUGGGAGGAAUGGGGGACCUGGCAACGGGGGCUCAAAAUUAUGAGCCUGCUCGAGGGGUAUCUAUCGAUUAGUAACUGGAAUAUUCAGUCCUAAAACCUUGUUACCGCCUGCUACUCUGAAAGGAAGCUGGGCACCCGAAAUUUCCGUUUUCG